AUGCAGCCGGCCUGGGCCGCUGCGGGGGAGGACGGCGAGGAGGAGGAGGAGGAGGUGCUGCUGGUGUGCCGGCUGCCCGAGCUGGACGACUCGGUGCUGUGCCGGGGCUCGCAGAGUUUCGAGCUCGCGGGCUUCGACACGCCCGAGCCCCGCGCCUGGUCGUCGCCGGCGCGCACAGCUUCGUCGGCCGGCAGGUGGCGCCACAGGCCGGCGGUGCGCGGAUGGUCAGAGCAGGCGAGGAGCAGAGGCCAUGUUGGAGAGCGGGUCGUUGGCUCUCCCCCGGUGAUCGAAGGAGAGAGAACGACAUACACAUAA